AAAUCAAAUGGCCACACCGCUUCUCUCACCCGGGCAUGCCCUUUUCUGAAAAUGCCCUCCGACAGAAUCCCUAAAAAAACCCUAUUUUCCUCUGCCACUCUCAAUCCUCGCAGGUACUAAUCUAAACAUGUUAUUAUUUUUUUUUUUGCAACCCCCGUUUGAUUCCAUAGAAAAUCCAUCCCCCAUUCGAUUUCCGGGUAAAUUCAUCCUCGUUUGAUUUCCGAGAAAAUCCAUGCAAAACCCCCAAAGAAAACCAAAAAAAUUGCUUUUCUUUUGCCCCCUGUGUUUUCUGAAUCUGUUUUAGGGUUCUCUUUGCUGUUGUGCCAUUGCAUUUAAAUUUCACGAACCCUAAAUCCACGAUUUUUGAGCCAGGCUGAAAAACACAAGCUUUGCCUGCAAAUCAUGGUCAGAUUUUGUAUCCUGUGCGCGGGCUGGACUGGUAGGAAAAUUUCUGUUUUUUUGGCCGAAAAAUCGCCGAAAUAAACCGAAACAAAACGAUUUUUCUCUGAAAUUUUCCAACCGAGGCGAUUUUUUCAAAAAAUCGCCGAAAUUUCUCCUUUUACCGAAAUUUAUCUGAAAUUUCUCCGAUUUUUGGCGAAAUUUACGGAUAUUUCUUCCGUCGACAUUUCGCCCCCCUCUUUCGUUUCGCCGACCUCCGAAACACGAAAUUUCGCCGAAAUUUCGGCGAAAAAAACAGAAAUUUUCAUCCUUGCUUAAAACCCUAGCUAGCUUUGUUCUCUGCCUUGGUGUCUUUCGGGGAGGUCGCCGGAAGUAAGCCCUCUGCCGGUCGGUUGGCCGAGACCAAGAGAGAACGCUAAUACCGGUUAUCUGAAUUGGAAUAUAUCUCCAAUGGAGAUUAAUUUGGGAAAGCUUCCAUUCGAUAUUGAUUUCCAUCCUUCCAACACGCUCGUUGCUGCAGGUCUGAUUAAUGGAGACCUUCACUUGUAUCGUUAUGGUGCCAAUUCCUUACCACAAAGGCUAUUGGAGGUUCACGCCCAUGGCGAAGAAUCUUGUAGAGCUGUUCGUUUUAUCAACAAGGGACAUGCAAUUGUGACCGGUUCUCCAGACCGCUCAAUUCUUGCCACGGAUGUGGAAACUGGAUCAGCUAUUGCUCGGCUUGAACAUUCUCAUGGGGCUGCCAUUAGUCGAUUGAUCAACUUGACUGAAACAACCAUUGCCUCGGGAGAUGAUGAAGGAUGUAUUAAGGUAUGGGAUACCAGACAACAAUCUUGCUGCAACUCCUUUGAUGCUCAUGAAGAAUAUAUUUCAGAUAUGACUUUUGCAUCUGAUUCCAUGAAACUUUUGGGAGUGAGUGGAGAUGGGACUCUAUCUGUUUGCAAUCUUCGAAGAAAUAAGGUCCAAGUUCAGUCUGAGUUUUCAGAAGAUGAGCUACUGUCUGUUGUUUUAAUGAAGAACGGUCGAAAAGUUAUUUGUGGAACACAGAGUGGAGCUCUAUUACUGUAUUCAUGGGGCCAUUUCAAGGAUUGCAGUGACCGCUUUAUUGAUCUCUCUCCAAACUCCGUUGAUGCUUUAUUGAAGCUUGAUGAAGAUAGUGUCAUUACUGGAUCUGAGAAUGGACUCAUCAGCCUGGUAGGCAUAUUACCAAACAGAAUAAUCCAACCAAUUGCAGAGCAUUCAGAAUAUCCUGUUGAGCGCCUUGCCUUUUCUUUUGAUAGAAAGUAUCUUGGCAGUAUAUCACAUGACCAGAUGUUGAAGCUAUGGGAUUUGGAUGAUCUAUUGCAAGGUUCUGGAAGUACUCUAAGGAGUAGAGAAGCCAUGGCAGACAGUGAUAGCGAUGAAAUGGAUGUGGAUGCUAAAGAGACCAAAAGAAAAACAGCGAGUAAUGGACAAGCUCUUAACAGCUCUAGUAGCUUUUUUGCCGAUUUGUAGUGAGAUGAUGGAACCACUCCUUUUACAACUUGGUGGUAACUGAACAUGAUUUUAUUUUUGUCUUUUUGAUGGCCACAGGCUGAAUUGAUGGCCAGUCUUAUUGAUCAUAAAAAGGGUUUGUAUUGGCUGUAUUAACUUUAUUCCUUGAGAAUGAGUUAGAGACCUA